AUGCCGGCAUAUCACUCCUCAUUCAACGAGCUCCCUGACACCCGUACCGUCGGCAACCUUGGUAUCCUCCCCAUUAAGACCAAGUUUCGUGGACCCGCUCCUCUCGCGGACCCCGCUGAGGCCGACAUCAUCGACGAGACACUGGAUCUCUUCCGUGCCAACUCUCUCUUCCGCAACUUUGAGAUCAAGGGCCCCGCCGAUCGCCUCCUCAUCAUCCUCAUCCUCUUCGUAUCCGACUGCCUAGCGAAGAUCGGUACCGCGCGUACGGUCCCGAACCAGAUAGAUGCCAACAAGUCACUCAACACACUCGCCGUGGACAACUUCCCCAUCCCUGGUGAUGCCAACUUCCCUUUGAACGCGCACUAUGCAACCCCAGAAAGUAGGGCGGAUGCUGAGUACCUGAGGGGCUACCUCACUCAAACACGGCAAGAGCUUGCGGCUCGUCUCAUCGAGAAGCUCUACGCGGACGGCACAGGGAAGCCCAGCAAGUGGUGGAUGUCGUUCCAGAAGCGGCGCUUCAUGAACCGCAGUUUGGGCACGCAGUAG